AUGUCCAGCAUCGUCUCUUCCAAGAAGACGCUUGCACAGAUCGUCAACAACAAAGAUGGCUUCUACUUUUGGAACAAUAAGAACGGGAGCUUCAUGGACCAUGGCUUGGUCAACCCCGUCUUGUCCAUUGCCAAAGGAGGAAAAUUCAGGAUCAACUGUCUAGAAUCUGCAGAAUACAUUCGCCUUGCCGAGAAAAGCGAGGAACCAGUUUCCCUUCGUGUGACUAUCCAAUGCGUAAAUAGUAAUGGCAUGGGUGGAGGUUACAUCUCGUGCCGUAGGGAAUUUGGUGGCACCCGGAGCAGCUUGGCAGAGUAUCGCCAGGCAGUGGGAGACUAUGAGGUAUUUGAGAUGAUUCAUUGUGAUUAUGACAAUUCCUACAUCUUCAAAGCCCACAACGGUCUCUAUCUCCACAACAAUGACACAUACCACACUGUUGCCUUCAAGACUUGCUCGGAGCGCUCGGAGGGGCUCCCCGUGAAGGGGCGCUGGGAUCUCCUGCUGGAAGAGGAAAGCGACCGAAGAGGUAAAUACUCGGCUUCGUGGAGUAUCCCCAAGCAAAUCGCGCUGCUGCCGAUCAGUUUGAUUCAGGCUCCAUUCAAAGCGACUGGAGAUUCCUCCGGCCCCGGGACCUAG